AUGAAACCAACUAUUUUGUUAUUUCUAGUAUCCUUUCUCGUAAUUUCUGCUCUACAAGUUAAGAAUGAUAGUAUCAAAGAGGAAAAACCGCAUAAUAUCACUGGAAAUGUAGAAAAGCUCGACAAGGAGGUUAAGGUAGGCGAAGAGGAGAAGGAAGAGAAGAAAAAGGAGAAAGGAGACAAAAAGGAGAAAGAGGAUAAGAAAGGGAAAAAGGGAGAAGAUGGCAAAGAAGGAGAUGAAGAGGGUGAAGAUGCCGAAGGCGAUGACGACGAUGAUGAUGACGAUGAAGAUGAAGAGGAGAAGAAACCAAAACGUGGAAUUAAACCAGUGUAUAAGCUUAUAAAAAAGACUUUAAAGAAAGGAAGAAAAAAGAUUUAUAAAACAUUGGAUAAAUACAUGAUGAAAGAAGACUUGGACCUGAAAUUAAUGGAAAUCGCUAAAAUCGUGUGUAAACGCAUUGACAAACGUAUGGAUUAUAUAUCAAAGAUUCUUGAAAAUGUUUUGGGAUAUGAAACAUCUUGA